GCAUUAAUUUAGUAUUGAGGUUUUAUGUCCUGAAAGGUUUUUGAGGCAAUUUGAGGUGGCUACCACCAAUGAACCUCUCUGUCAUUGAUUAUACUUGUUGUUAUUUAAUUUCGACCAUAAGUCAAGAGUUGUUCUAAAAUGUCUUCCUGUAUUGAAGUCCCUGUAACAGCCAGAAAUACAACUGAUUGAGAGCAGGAAAUGUUUUAUGUUUACAGACUACAUGGACCAGCAUUGUAGUGAGACAUUGAAUAUGACCCGUUUAGGGAUUGAGUCGGCCAAACUGAAGUUGACCAGAUGGCAUAAAUACAAAAGCAACAUGAGGUGUUACCUGACCAUAGAAGCGCCAUUGAACAAAUUCAUCAUGAUCACAUUCCGUGAUAUUGACAUCAAAACUGGGGUGUUUGGUCGCUGUGAAGGAGACAGACUGCAAAUCUAUGAUGGCAGGGACUCGUCAGCAAAUAUGGUUGGUGGUCUGACGUACAAGUUGUGUGGGGAGCGACGUCCAAGGGGAGCUUUCUACACAACACAGAGGUAUAUGACAUUCUUGUUUGAGAGCGACUCCUUCUUCACCGACGAUGGAUUCAGUCUUAUCUUCACCUCCUUCCAUACAGGGACCUGCUUAUCAUCAGAAACAGCCUGUAAGAGGGGCCAGUGUAUAUCUAAAUCAUUGGAGUGUGACGGCUAUAACCAGUGUGGGGAUUCCACGGAUGAGUGCAAGAUGUCAGGCGGACCAAUCGCGGGGAUCAUUGUGGCUGUUAUUGUUGUAGUUGCUGUCAUUUCAGUAGUAUUUGUGUGCUGGCGUCGUCGAAGGGCCUCUCAUGGUGCUGUUAUCAAGUACAACUCACCAAAUGAGCAGGCUACUGUGAUACCACCCCCGAGUUCCUACCCUGCCCAGCCGGCCCCUGUCCCAGCUCCUCAGCCCUACCCCCCUGCUCCCUAUCAGCAACCACCACCACAGGGCUACCCCCAGCCUCCACCACCACAGGGCUACCCCCAGCCUCCACCACAGGGCUACCCUCAGCCUCCACCACAAGGCUAUCCACCAGCCUCCCAGCCCUACCCUACUGGACCACAGGCAUAUCCUCCACCACAGCAGGCCUACCAGGGGAUGCCACCAAGUUACAAUGAUGCCACACAAAACCCAUACCCAUAUGGAGCCCCAAUGGGACAAUCACCCUAUCCCCCAGAGCCAAAAUAGGUGAUGGAAGGCACAGGAACUAUGACAAGAUCACGAAUAUAAUACUAUGGAUGAACAGAGUUUGGAUGGCAGCAACAGUAUCAGCAUCAGUGAGCUGUAACCAAGAGCAAUAUUUCAUGUGUCAAACGGCACUAAACUAGUUGUCAGAAACUAUACCAAGUAAGACUAAAAUUAGAAAUUGUUUAAAAUUCCUCUACCAAAACAAUUUUUCAAGGUGUAGCCUAAAGUUUUAAGGGGAUGUCAUGCAUGUGCUUUUGAAGUCACAAUCAUUUAAGAUAAUGAAAUAGUUAAUAAUCUUAUAUAAGAAAAAUUCCAUACUAAUUUUGAGCUCUUAUUUUUUAGAGUAUGCCUUUAAUAACUGUUUUAGACAGUGUUUAGAUAUUUGCUCAUAAAAUACAAAAGCUUUGUUCUUUACACCUUAUGGCAAAUUAUUUAAUAACAAAUAUGCUGUUGAUGCUUGACCAGGAUCUGCCUUGUCCAUCAUCACCGUGUAUAUAGUCUGUAGUGGUCAUAGAAUACGAAACUCCACCAUCAAAAUCAUUCCUUUGAUAAAUCCAGAUUUUGUCCUGUACCAUGCCUCAGCUCAGGAGCAUUUCAAAGCUACAGCUACAGUAUCUGAAGGAAUGCUCUGUCUAUUGACAUGAUCAGACACUUUCCUGCAGUUUUCAUCAUCUUGGCAUCAUAUUUAUACCAUGUCAAACAUUUCUCUUUAAUGAGAAAUGAUUUUUUCUACCAUUUCAUCAACUCCUUGAUACAUAUUUGUGAUACAGAUGUGUUAAGAUAAUUUUGCUGUUGAGAGCAGGACAGGAAAACCGUGUGGCAAGGGUCCUCCGUAUUACUGUUAUAGCAUUGGUAGAAAUGGCAGUUUACAAUGAUUUAAACAUUGUUGUAGACUAUUUUGAAAUUAAUGUAAGAUAUUGUAGAAUGUUACGUUUGAAGAGACAUGCCUGGUCACUUCGAACUGUUUGACACUUUUAAAUAGAUGUGAAUUGUUGAUUUUGUUCAGAUCUAUUCAAAACCAUAGAUUUCCAUGGAGAUCUAUUUAUAACCAUGCAACUUCAGUCUAUAAAUAACUAGGCUAUCAAUUGUGUUGUCUGUGAUUGUAUUGUUUUUAGCCGAUAAAAAUAAAUGUGAAAAUGGUGAUAUUUUUCUAGCAUUAAAAUGACACUUUCCCAGUUACCAUUCCAGGAUCUGCAUUCGUUGUAAGAAUGUUUGGUGAUAGCUUUGGUCAAUUAGUACUUUAGGUGGGGACAGCUCAGUUAAUGGAGAAUCUGUCAGGAAGACAACAAUAUCUGUGCCACUAAUUCUGUACUAUGGCAGACUACCUCCCUCUAUAGCAGCAAAAUCAAAACAAAAUUGUCUCCCUUGGUCUAUCAUAGUGUGUCUCCCUUUGUCAAUCCAUGGGCGACUUUCGGUUGGGACUCGAGUUGAGACUCGACUUACUCUAAUAACAAUAGAUCAUCCAGAGUUCCUACUAUAGUGACGUCAUAUGACCCUACUCUAUCAACCCAUGUCCGACCCUGGGUUAAAAGACUUUCGACUACAGCAACUUUGCUUCGCUUACACAUGCGUCACCAUUUGGAAGCAUAUUGUUGUUGUUUAUACACAUAUGUAAUCACAUUAGAAGGAACAGCCUAACUAAGAUAAAUAGUUGACUCUCGAGUCCCAACCGAAGUCGCCCAUUGUGUGUUUAGUUAGUGUCAUAUUUAGUUGUAGGUUUAGAACAUACUUGGAAGGUUUCACACAGCUACAUUAUUUAGUUAUUUUACUAUUUGCAGUUACUAGUGACUCUAUCCCCUCAAUCAUUCAAAUGAUGUGAAAUUUAUUUUCCACUACCUGAGAAAUUAUGUCAUUUGAUAGGUUUUAUAGCAUAUAAGAGCUUACUGGUUCUCAGUAAACUGGUAUUACAGUGGAGGACCCCGACCUUUUGGGAACACCAGCAGUGUUUAUGUCAUUCUAUUGUCAGUAUUUUCAGGUGAGACAGAAGACUAUCUAGGGACUAGAGGUCAGAGGUUAGAAGAUACUAGUUGUUAUUGGAUACAUGUCUCCUAUCUUUGGAGUCCCUCUAGAGUUUAGGAGUUAUAUCUGUUAAUGACAAGUCAACCUCAAAAAUCUGUAGAAUUUAAAGAGGCCUACAUUCAAAGGUGAGUCUAAUUGUUUAAGAGGUCCUACACUACUCAGUGUCAAAGUCACAAUGCAGGUGACAGAUCUUCCUUUUGUUUUAGUCCUAGUUAGGGAAAGGGACAACUAAAUUCCACCAUAUUUGUUUUAUUUGUGUGCUAUAGGCUGUAGGUUUGUGAUAUGUUAAGGUAUUUCUACAUUAUAUUCAUUGGUACAUAUUUUAUUAUGUGUAAUAUAUAAAAUAUUUGAUAGAGCAUUUUAUGUUUAAUCCAUUAUUUUACUAUACAGAUGGGUUGUUGUGAUUUUUAUUGUACAGGGCAUAAAAUAAUGACAAACAAAUAAUGAAAGAUCAAUAUUUAAAAAAAAAAAAAAGAAAACGACAUUUUUUUAAAUUUACAAUAUGUGAUUGUUUUGUAAAUAUGUCAAUAUUAAACACAUGUAUGUAUAAACAAAUAUAAUGAAAGGUACUUAGUUAGGGAGGUCCAUUGGGAAGGUAAGGUGAGUCAUAGGGGAGGUAAGGUGAGUCAUUGGGGAGGUCAGGUGAGUCAUUGGGGAGGUCAAGUGAGUCAUUGGGGAGGUCAGGUGAGUCAUUGGGGAGGUCAGGUGAGUCUUUGGAGAGGUCAGGUGAGUCAUUAAGGAGGUCAAGUGAGUCAUUGGGGAGGUCAAGUGAGUCAUUGGAGAGGUCAGGCCAGUCAUUGGGGAGGUCAGGUGAGUCAUUGGGGAGGUCAAGUGGUGUGAUGGUUACUACACUCUCCUUUCACCUACACAGCUGGAAUCUAACUCACAGAUUGCAUUUAAAAUAGCAUUGAAGUUACUUCAUUUCUAAUUUCAGUAGGGAGAUGUAAGUAACCACUAUUCGAAUCUCCAGUAGACAUGAUACCUUGAAGGAAGGUUUUUAUUUUUUUUUUACAAAAUAUAUUUCAUCACUGUGAACAUAGUCAGUCAUCCAAUCACACUUUAUUAAUAAUGUACAUGUUUUAAGAUAUUUUGUAUUUGUUGUAAACUUUGUUCCAUAUGUAACUCCACAUUAAACUGAUUGUCCAACCCCACAGUUCAAUAACCAGGACAUUUGUUACAUACUAAUUAAACAGUUGUCAUGUAAUUUAAAAUUUGAAAAAAAGACUGAGCACAUUUUAUGCACUUAUCUAUUUGCAUAUUUGAUAGAAUGUUUUUUUUUUUUUUUUUGUAUACAUGUUGACAUAAUUAUAAACUUCGUCUUGCCAUAAUAUACAGUGGCUUUGUGCUUUAUUUCGAUAUAGAAUGUAAGACCUAGAUCUUGUAAAUCACUGUUUAAUAAGGUUACACUUUGAAAAGGUUUUGGGGGAUUUUUAUCUCAUUAAUCCUUGAAAAUUGAAAUAUAAACAUUUAUAUAUAUUAAUAUUCUUCGUACCAAGUUAAGUAAAGUUUUUAUCUUUAACUUACAAUUUUUCCAAGAAAGUCAUUUUAUACAGAAUUUGAAGAAUGUUCCUGAACUAACAUUGCUUCCGUCUAAUCUUAUAAUAUUUUCCUAUGGAAAUGUUGAUGACAGUAUAUUUACAGGAUUGUAUAUGUGUCAAUGUGAAGAUACAAUUAAGUUUAAUAACUUGAUCUGUCACUAGAUUUUUGACAAGGGACAUAUUCAAGUAUUUAACAUGGCUUAGAAGUUUCCUAUUUCAUUGACACAAAUGUAUCACUUAAUUGAUAUUCAUAAAAAUAUAAGGUAAAGCUCUCAUUUCCCUAUUAGACUAAUUUUGACUUGAAGAGUACGUUUUCCACUACCUAACAAAUACUUAAUGUCAUCACAAUGUUAUUUCUAUAACAAUAGUAUUUUCACAUUAUUUAUGACAUGGCCAUAUAACAUGUCAGAACAUGCUAGUCAUGUGAUCAAAACAUUUGUGUUCUAUAUUUAGACUACACUUUACCACCCUUAGUAUCAAGUCUGAAAAUACACCCUCUUUCUCAAAUUAAGUAAUGGUAGUACUCCAUAUUUAGGGGUCAAAUAAGAUAAAGUUUAUUAAUUGAAGAUCACAUGUAUUAUGCAUGGCAUUAAUUAUUUGCUUGUGUUCAUUUGUAAUUUUACAUUUUAUUGUUUUGAGUUUUUAUAUUUUUUUCAUACCUAUUUACAGUACUAUUUCAUAAUGAUAUGUGUAUGUCAUAAUAAAUGUUGUAAAAUGUUUAACGUAAAUGUUUUUAUAUGUUAAGUAGAUUUGAGGAACGUUACAUAAACCUGAUCUUUAACGAGUGUUUCUCCAUCAUAUGGUUUAUCAUAGUGAUGUUUAUCUCACCUGGUACAGAGUACCAUAGUGAUGUUUAUCUCACCUGGUACAGAGUACCAUGGUGAUGUUUAUCUCACUAGGUAUAGAGUACCAUGGUGAUGUUUAUCUCACCUGGUAUAGAGUACCAUGGUGAUGUUUAUCUCACCUGGUAUAGAGUACCAUGGUGAUGUUUAUCUCACCUGGUACAGAGUACCAUGGUGAUGUUUAUCUCACCUGGUAUAGAGUACCAUGGUGAUGUUUAUCUCACCUGGUAUAGAGUACCAUGGUGAUGUUUAUCUCACCUGGUAUGGAGUACCAUGUUGAGGUUUAUCUCAACUGGUACAUUUUAUUAAGCUUCUCAAAGUAUAGAGGUUAGUAUAUAGCUGCUAUAAUUUUGUGGAGCUCUUUGAAGAAAGAUGGUCAGUCACCAGGUAAGGGAUUCAAGGCCUGUUUCACCACCUUGAUUGAUGAUGAUAUUUUUGAUUUAACCUUUGUUUAUUGUUCAGAUUGUGGAUGCUAAUGAAUGAUAGUCAUGCAUAAACGAUCAAUUUAUUAAAAAAUAUAUAUAAACAAAAUUGUAAUCUAUUGAUGAUUCAGCAGAUGUAAUCUUAUUUAAUACAAUUUUAGAUGUCUGUCCUGUGUAUAAAUUCUACUUUGCUGUCAGGUUUUCUAAUUAUCUCCCUUAGUUCAUUUAGCUUAUUGCAUCGGUUCAUUCAGUGUAUUAAUAAGUACCAUUUUUACAGUACGGGUUGGCGUUAAACAGAGGUGGUCACAUUCUACCUACAUUAUAUCCAAUGUGCUCAUUUUUGACACCAAUAUCAAUUUGUCUUUAUCAUCUGAUUCAAUAAAACAUCGGGAGCAAAUUAUGUAAAUAAGCCUUGUGUUUAUAACCAUGUCUUAGAAGAUAACUGUAGGGUACUAUAUACAGUUGCUCUAGCCUAGAUAUCCAUCUUACAUCAAUGUUUUGGUUCAUUUUUUAGUAUAGUGAAACAUUAUUCUGGAGGAAAAGUCUGAGAUAAUAGUAAUUUUCUUCAUUAAUGACACAGAAAUUGUUUCUGAAUAAAAGGUACUGUAUCCAGAAAAUAAAAAUAUGCAGUGAUUGUAUGUACAUGAUUUAUCUCUGAUAAAUUGAUUCUAUGUACAUGAUUUAUCUCUGAUAAAUUGAUUGUAUGGACAUGAUUUAUCUGAUAGAUUUAUUGUGUGUACAUGAUUUAUCUGAUAAAUUGAUUGUGUGUACAUGAUUUAUCUCUGAUAAAUUGAUUGUAUGUACAUGAUUUAUCUGAUAAAUUGAUUGUAUGUACAUGAUUUAUCUCUGAUAAAUUGAUUGUGUGUACAUGAUUUAUCUCUGAUAAAUUGAUUGUAUGUACAUGAUUUAUCUGAUAAAUUGAUUGUAUGUACACCAUUUAUCUCUGAUAAAUUGAUUGUAUGUACACCAUUUAUCUCUGAUAAAUUGAUUGUAUGUACAUGAUUUAUCUGAUAAAUUGAUUGUAUGUACACCAUUUAUCUCUGAUAAAUUGAUUGUAUGUACAUGAUUUAUCUGAUAAAUUGAUUGUAUGUACAUGAUUUAUCUCUGAUAAAUUGAUUGUAUGUACACCAUUUAUCUGAUAAAUUGAUUGUAUGUACAUGGUUUAUCUCUGAUAAAUUGAUUGUGUGUUCAUGAUUUUUCUCUGACCAAUUUGAUUUUAAAUUAUUUCUUUUUUUCAUGACUUUAUUCCAUUCUCAGGCCUGAUAAGUGGUCUUAGUCCCCAUACGAGAAGUCAGAAACUGUUAACCUACUAGAAGUAUAGUAACAAUACAUUAUACCUGACAUAUAAAAUCAGAAGUGAUCUUGAUAAGGUACAAGGUGUGAUUUUGAUGAAAUUGUGUAUUCCAUAUAAAUUAUUUAUGCAAUAUGGUUUCUUAUCCGUCUGUAUUUUUUUCCAAUGGAAUGAAACUGUUUAAGGUGUCUGUUUAAUUUUUGUUGUUGUUCCAAGGUUAAAAACAAGAUAUAAAUAUACUUAAUGAAUUUAAUAUAUUGAAAUAUCAUAUGAAGAUAAAUUUUCUAUUAACUAAGAUUGUCCUGGAAACAUCAGCUACUCUAAUCAGUAUAUUUAUGUUGUUAAUAGUUUGUCAUAUAAAAUGGCUCAAAAAUCAUGUGUAAAUGAAUCUCAUUAUAUGAGCAUACUAAAAGUCUACAGUGGGGUCAGGCCAGGGAUUUAACUACAGACGUCUCACAUAGAUAUCUCAUAUUUAGUGUUGACCGAGCUGUUAAACAUAACUAAUGUGUAUGUUAGCAUUGAACUAUUAUAUUAGAUACUAGUCGAUAUGAAUACAAUUUGGGCGACAGAAAAAUAACAUGUCAUCCCCUAUUGAAACCAAUUAUUCAAAUUUUUUUAAUCCAAAGAACAACUGCAAACAUACAUAGACAACUCUACAAUGUUUUAAGAAUAUUGGAAACAGCUGUUAAGUGUUAAAAAUAAUAUACCGUAAUUUCCUGCCUAUUACCGGCGGGCUAUAUAAGAUUUUUUACAUUGAAAGAUGCCUAGUGCGGGCUAUCUGGAUUUUUUUACCAAAUUAAACAAAAAUGCGAGCUAUACGUUGUUAAAUGUUUCCAUUUGUAUUGAAACAGCAGAUUUAGUAACUAAUUUCAACAACGUAUAGCUCAUGGGCAAUCUGCCAGUGUGGGCUAUCCUGAGUUUAUUU